AUGGCUCGUGGAUGGACGGCACUCGUGGGUGGCUGCGCCCUGGCGGGCGGCUUGGCCUUCGUGCCUGGGAUGAUGCCGUCCACCAGCUCCUCUCCGAGCAGCCAUGUAAGCAGGGAGCAGGGCCACUUUGACGCAGCGGACGCCGGCAGCUCCUUCCAAAACCUGCAGGGGCUCUUUGGCGGCAUCGCACUGGGCUUGCUCCUGAGCGUGGCCGCGGCCUCCCCAGUCCUGGCCGAGGAGGAGGCAGCAAAGCCCAAGGAGCCCACGGAUGAGGAGAUUCUCGCCAAGGGCUGCGACAUCCGCGUCGACUGCAAGACCAAGGAGGAGCAGUUCCGCUGGGCCAAGGCCUACUACAGGAAGUACAACAGGGAGAGCGACGGCAAGGACCCCAAGUACAGCGCUUCCUCCACCGGUGGCGGUAUCUACCGCAAGUACAAGAUCGAUCAGUUCAUCGAGCCUUCGGGCAUCGUGAACACCACCGAUGGCACGUACCCCAUUCGCCCAGAGGCUGCGGCCUUCAAGCCCAUUUGGGAUGAGUACAACAAGAAGCUCAUCGAGCGAGUCGAGAAGGUCUACGGCAUCUCCGAUGAGCCCAUCCGCUGGAACGGCGACUACUACGACAACAAGCUGAGCCCGUACAAGCCCGCCAACGGCCUUGGCUGGUACAACAAGUGA